AUGGCUGCUGAUUUCCAGUUCAUCUCGAUCCAAGUCAACGAUGACGCAAAGGACAGGGCGGCGCGGCGUCAGGCCCGCUCUCAUGCUGUGAAGAAAGCCCUAGAAAAGAAGCGGAAACGUCAGCAGCUUGCCAGAAAUAAUUUUAUCGUAACAACACUCGAGGACCGCGGGGGUUCCGUGGAGUUUGGAUUGUCUCAGAGCGUCGCUCGCAAGGCGCCCAUUUCUGGGCAAAUAUCGAAUGGCCUGGAUCCAUUCGAGACCCUCGCAGUGGAUUCAUCGAGGUUGCAAAUUCUACUGGCUGACUACAGGGCGAGGCAAGCCCCCGAGCCGGUCUUCAGCAUGGCCGAGGAACUCGCCUUCCAGAGUUUCCGCUCGGUCUUCAAGACUGGCUUUGAUGAUCCCGCCCUUGCCAACGCCGUGAUGCUGUCCCUUUCCUUUGCAGUUACCGGUGGUAGCAUUGAUCAAGAGUGUCUGCGUUACCAGGGCCAAGCCAUCACAUAUAUCCGCGAACAGAUGGAUGCAGUUGAUGAGGCUGCUUCGGAGGCGACCAUCGGCGCUAUACUGUUGAUCGCUGGUGUGGCGGCUCGUCUUGGCCUAAAGGCCCAGGUAGAGCUGCACAUGAGUGCGGUGCAUCAGCUCCUGAAGAUCUGCCGGAGCAAGAGCAUCUAUCUCACGGCUGGAAUCAAGCGAGCCAUCUUCUGGCAAGACCUGAACGCGUCCAUCCUUGCAAACUCAAAACGCAUAGUCGACCACGCAACCUUCGCCGAACUCCUCUGGGCCCGCGACCCCUUCGUCCCAAGCCACUAUCAUCUCCCGCUGGGGUUCAAGUCCCGAGCUUACAUCCUUGGUGUGGAAUUCUGUGCCGUGCUGCAGGAUCUCCAUGCUCUGCAGUGUAUCCGCGACAGGCCUAGACCGGCCAGGACGGAUGCCAUGCAGAUGCUCCAUAUCAACAACCAUACUGCGUCGGUCCAGUCACGACUCGUUGCUCUGUCGGGAUUAAGUCCGCUGCAGAAGUGCUGUCGUCUUGCGGCGUACUUGUGCUCUGUGACGCUGUGCUGUAAGGUGUGGUGUGAGCUGGUCAUUCCGUCCCACAUCUCAUCCGAGCUCCUGCUUAACCUCCAACAGACCUGCGAUUCCCUGGUCUGGAACGAGCAUCCUGAUUUGCUCCUCUGGCUGCUGUAUGUUGGCGGCGCGUUUGCUCCUGUGGGGCCUGUCCGCUCCGGGUAUCUAGACCUGCUGCGCCUGAAAUCUGACGAUGAUUACUCGUCCUGGCCCAAGGUGCAUGAGUGUAUGAGGCGGUUCAUCUGGUCAGAUAACGCGUUCCUGGUGCCGGUUAGGGCGCUGUCGCGGGAGGUCUCGCAAUAUUGCUCUUUUGAAGAGGGGAGGACGUGCGUGGAAAGGAAGUAA